AUGCGCCAUCUGGUGCACUUGUUGAUCCUCGUUUUCUUGGAAACAGCUCAAACCAUCUGCCCACGAGGUUGUAACUGCACGGAAGGUUCGAGGACAGAUUCUGUGAUUUGUGAUGGCGUUUAUUUGGGCGAUGUUUCGGCGCUAUUAAAUCCAAGAAUCAAGGUAUUAAGCCUCCGCAAUUGUGGAAUUACUCGUCUUGACCCAGAUGUUUUACAACUUUACCCAGAUCUAGAAUUUUUGGAUGUAUCGAAUAAUUCAAUCAACGAUUUGGAUGCUGAGCUGUUCCAAAAUCAGUUGAGUUUGCGUGUAUUAAAGCUGAAGAAAAAUCAGUUAACUCUGAUAAGAAAUCGGGCCUUCUUUGGGCUGUAUAAUCUUCAGGAUCUGGAUCUAAGCGAUAAUCGAAUUGAAGAAAUUGAACCGCAAGCUUUCCAUGAUCUGAGCAACUUGGUCAAGCUUAAGCUUGAACGUAAUUUUCUGAUAUCGUUGAAUCCGUUGUUGUUUGAAAGCACCAGGCGGCUUUAUAAACUUCUUCUUUCGGCGAAUCAGAUAUCCAAACUAAACUCUAAAGUGUUUAAUUCUUUGCCAAAACUUGAACUUCUUGAUCUCGCAUCCAAUUAUAUUUCAGAAAUUCAAAGGGACGCAUUUCAACAGUGCUUAUCAUUAAAAAGUCUUAGUCUCGGGUCCAACUUUCUUAGCAUUAUUCAUGAAGAUCUAUUCAGUGGACUGAUUUCGCUUCAGAGGUUAAAUCUUUCCAAUAACCAGGUUCUUAUUCAAUUUUUUUAUUUUGGUUCAAUUCGAAAAAUUCCAACAUUGGUAGAGGUCGAUCUCUCACGUAAUUUAUUGGCAGCAAUCGGUACAUCGUCUUUUGACAGACUGCCAUUGCUGAAAAGGUUGAUAUUGUCUCAUGAACCUAAAUUGCAAAAAAUUGAGCUGAACGCAUUUUCUGGUCUUCCGAAGCUUCAAACACUAAAUCUGUCCUCUUGUAAUCAGCUGGAAGAAAUCAAUGAGAAUGCUUUCGAAUACAGCGAUGAGCUGCGGCAUUUAGAUCUGAGUAAUUGUAGCCUUCGAAAGCUGCAACAGUCGCUGGUUCAGUGGACAAAACUGACCACAUUAAAUUUAUCUGGUAAUCAAUUUGACUGUGACUGUACAUUGUUGUCGUUCCUUCCAAGAGUGGUAAAACGUUUUAAUUUGGAAAUCGUAUGCAGAACGCCGUCACGUUUGGAGAAUCGCAAGAUUGCGGAUUUGGGAAAAUUUUGUACCGAGUGGAAGAGUGAAAGUAAAUUAACGUUGAUGGUUGCAGUAUUUUUUGGUCUAACUUCGGUGAUACUUGCUGUAAUCUACUUGAGGCGGAAACACCAAAAAAACUUGCCCAAGUUGCCUUCUUGCAGCAGGCCGUAUAUUGUCACUCCAUUGUCGUUUGACAAGAAUUACGAAAUUUCAAAAAGUAAUAUGAGUCUGCUGAAACGUUUUGAUGGUAUGCUGCCAAUUCCGGAUGCUCCAGAAGACGAAGAUGAAGGCGACAGCUACUAUAGCAGUUUGAUACUGCCAAGCGAUGACUCUUCUAUGCCUGGAAGCAAUACUGUAACACCAAAGAAGCCUACUCCACCUCCAGAAACCACCAUUCCAGAAAGACCGCUUGUCUAUGUACCUCCUUCACUGGUAAACCAGAAUUUUAGAGUUAUUUCUAAGUAUCCAGUUCCAAUUACCGAGUUGUGA